AUGGCGCAUCAGGUCGACAAUCCGUCGUCUCCUCGGUCGUCGAGCGGAGGAGCCGAUUCCUUCAAGGGAACGCCUGACACUCGAUUGACCUCGAUGACCCCGGAUGACGGCUCAAAGUCGUCCACUCUGCUCAAGAGCUUUGCCCGUUCGGCUGCUGUCGCCACGUCGCCAGCAAGGCUUCCCGCCGGUGGCUUUCGCGGUACCGUUUCCCACCUGGACAAGGAUCCCUUCAUCACCUCCAUCCAGGGUGUUGGCACCAGGUUGUCGCCCACGGCAUCGGCAUUUAGCCCUUUUGUCGGCAAUACCUACGUGCGACUGCCCAAUGGAGAGGGCCCCAUUUCCGCUGCCUUGAGCACCGACAUGGGACUCUCAAGGAUCCUUGUCAUCUCGUCGCCGGUUCAGGUAUCUGCGCAUGAAGUAGAGGCUCUUCUAAUGGAUCUAGGAAAAGAUGGCAAUCCCACUUACGGGGCGAGAAGCUUCAAGGCUCACAGCAGCGGUGUCUUUGUAUACUUUACAGACAUCAGAGAUGCUUGUGCCUCUCAGACGAAUCUCCAUCAAGCUGAUAAAGACUGGAAAGUUGCCUUUGCCAAUCCGACACGCAACAUUGCCCAGUCCCAGGGCACCCACAUGGAGAUGGGACAGAGUGCAGCCGGCAUCUCUCACACAGGUCAGAUUAUGGUCUUUGUUGUGGUUCCUCCAGGAGCUAUGGUUGAUCCAGUCCAAACUAUGGGAGUGGCUCAUCGAUUCUUGCAAUCGCACGGCCGCCUGUUUGCUUUUGUCAGGCAGUCUACUUUCCCAAACGGCUCUUUCAGAGCUGUUGCUGAGUUUUGUGACACCACUGCCGCCUUUCCCGUCAUACAAGCGUGUAGCGGCGGUAUCUCCACAGAGGGUAUUCAGCUCUUCGCAUCAGCAUACACCGCCGAUGCCUUCUCUGCUGCCGCGCUCACCGAAGCUGUAGAGGAGAUGGCUGUCAGCAAAAGGCCAGAUGAUUCAGACCAACGGUUUGGUUCUGUGAGCUCCAACUCCUCUCAAGCCGGUCAGGGUGAUCCACACUAUAACGCACCUAUUGCCAUGUACCCCUUCAUGUUCCAAGCACCAUUCACCCCGGCUGUGCCGUAUAUGCUGGACUCCUUCGUCCCGGCGGCGCAGACAGGCUCGGGGAGCCCAUUGACCCCAUUUGCUCCGCAGUAUCCCAUCUUCGGAACUCUGUAUCAGACGCCACCCUCUCCGGCUCUCACGGCCCACAACAGCUACAGUCCUUCGAGGACCUUUUCGGGUGCUGCUGAGCGAGCCGAUGCUCGCCGACAGAAUGCUAUGAGAAUUAGCCGUUCCACCUAUCAUAGCACUACAACUCAUCAUAACCACGUUGACAUCAAUCGUAUCCGCGAUGGCAUCGAUGUCCGCACUACGAUUAUGCUUCGUAAUAUCCCCAACAAGGUAGACCAAGCCAUGCUUAAAAGAAUCAUUGAUGAGUCUAGCUGGGGAAAGUACGAUUUUAUGUACCUUCGCAUCGAUUUUGCCAACGACUGCAACGUCGGAUAUGCAUUCAUUAACUUUGUAGACCCUCUGGAUAUAAUCGAUUUUGUCAAUGCUCGCGGAAACCAACGCUGGAACUGCUUCAAAAGCGACAAGGUGGCAGAGAUCUCAUAUGCCACUAUCCAGGGAAAGGACUGCUUGGUGCAGAAGUUUCGAAACAGUUCUGUGAUGCUGGAGGCUCCGCACUACCGCCCCAAGCUUUAUUAUACCUCUAAUGGACCAAUGCCAGACCUUGCCGGACAGGAAGAGCCGUUUCCCGAACCUGACAACCAGUCAAAGAUGAAGCGAAGCUGCGAAAACGCUGAGCAUGUUGGACUUUUCACGCCCAAUGCUGGACAGCAUUUCCGUGAUGAGCAACGCCGCCGGCGAUCCCAAUAUGACCGAGGUACUCGUCUUGCAGCCCUUGAGGAGUACGACUAUGAGACGGCCAUUCAGCAUCUUUACGGCAGCGCGACCCAGUGA